ACCAACGAUGCGUGUGUAUGUGAGUUGCCUUUAAUUAGUUGAGCUAGCUUCUUUGCCACGUCAUGGUGCUGGGAUCCAUGUUCGCCGGGUUAUACCCUGCUCCUCCGGUGCAAUGGUACUACCCGACGCCCCGGAAGCCAAGCAGGGAGAAUCCAUUGGGCAUCACCUUCCCAGAAGGAGAGGGGUCCCCUUCAGAGCGCUUCCCCAGCGGCAGCCGGAGCACAGGUCGGAGCGACCUGGAUGAAAAGGCGGGCGGCGCAUGGCCAAUGCCCCGAUCUUUGGGCGAGGCCAUGCGGUCUGGGCAAAGUGAGUCAUGCUUGGUGGUGAAUGUCGACAGCGCGCUGGACAUUGUGCCUUCAGACAACUUUGGGCUGCACUGCUUCUGUGCCACGGCCUACUACCCAGGCGAAUCGGAAGCAGACAUCGAGGCAAGAAAGACUUCGGCAGUGCAGGGAAAUCAAAGCCUCAACUCUCCAAACGCAGAGGACUGCAUUCUGCACAAAACCGUUCUGGUGCCUUACAACUCAAGGCAGCAGCUGCUGAUGGUGGAGAUCUACGAGGUGGACACAGAUGUGGACACCUUGAUCGCCAGGGCCACGUUGCCCCUGGCGGAGCCGCGCUUGGAGCACACGGCGCCCUGGCCGCUGGUGCGGGGCAGCGACGCCGGCGGCACGCUCACGCUGAAUGUGAAGUUCCCAGAGGACCAAGGCUUUGCAACACCCAAGGCAAGUCCAAAGGCCCCCAAAGAGCUGAAUCAGGAGCUUUUGGACGAAGUAUCACCCGAGAGAAACAGUGCUUGCCGCGGCCUCGCUCUUCCAGGGGACGACGCAAUGGGCGGCUCGGAGGUGAAAGGCUUCCCCGCGCCCAUCUCCCCGGAAGGUGACUACGUCAAGUCCAAAGGUAUUGCAAAGUCCCUGGACAAGGACUUCAAAGACCUGAAGCCAGGUCUCUUCGACACCUUGAGCGGAGGCUUCCUGGACCUUUGGGUGCCCUUGACCGGCCCUCCGCCCUCGCUGUGGCUGAAAGGGGACGUUGGAGGCUUCCCCCCGCUUCCCCCUAGAGGUCGACCAGCGUCGGACAGAUAUGGGCACUUUGAAGGACCGGGUUUCGGCCACGACAGAGGCCAGAAGACCCCGGCUCCGAGACAGGCAACAGGACGCGCGCCUGCGCCACCCGUGCCAGCGCCGCCCGUGUCCCGAGCCCCAGGCAUCAUGUCCACGAUGUCGAUGUCCACCAUGUCCACGACAUCCACUAUGUCCACUGUGACCUGGCCGACACCAGCCAGUAUGGCACGCCCAGCGACCUUCGUCGCUGCGGCCUAUGCCCCGCAAGGCAUGCGGCUGCAGCGGCCGGUGCCCUCCCAGGAGCUUCGUGGCAGCGGGCGCAGACCAUCCGCAUUGAAGGACCUCGGCAGCUCUCGGCGGGACGAUUUCCGGGACGAUGGCUUCCGGGGCUCCGUGACCGCCGUGAGGACUGGGCCUGUGCCGCAAGUGGCUGCAGGCUCACGAUCGUGGGUGCCUCCCCCAAACUAUGGAGGUGGAAUGCCAAUGCUCUCCUUCCAGCCGGCUUCUACUGGGCUGCGGUCAGCAUACUACGCGGUGUGCUGACA